AUGGCUCCUACUCGAGUUGGUAUCAUUGGUCUCGGUGCCAAAGAAGCUGGCCUUGUUGCCGUUGGAUCUUGGGCCGCUUCUGCCCUUCUGCCAUCCUUUCUUAACUCGCCUUACUACGAGAUCACUGCCGUGUGCAACUCUUCCGUGGAAUCUUCUCAGCGAUCCAUCGACUUCCACAAGCUGGGUCCGAAAGUCAAGGCCUACGGCACCCCGGAAGAUAUUGCCAACGACCCCAAUGUUGACCUGGUGGCUGUGUCCAUCAACGUUGGACAUCACUACGUCGUGACCAAGCCUGCACUCCUGGCUAAGAAGCAAGUCUUUGUAGAAUGGCCUCUUGGAGCAAACACGACAGAGGCAGAAGAGCUCACGCAGUUGGCCAAAGACGCCAAUUUGAAGACUGUCAUUGGCACGCAGUUCCUCUCUGAUCCCGCUUUUGCCAAGCUCAAGGAGAUAGUCGACAGCGGUGUCCUUGGCAAGAUUACGAGCACAGAGGCUCACAUUGCGCCCAACUAUGGACCUCCCGACGUCUGGGGCGCUGAUGCCACCUAUUACUUGGAUCUCAAGACCGGUGGCAACGAGUUCCAUAUUGCAAUGGCACACUUCCUUGCAGGUCUUCUGCAUGUGUUGGGCGACUUUGCUACCGUCAAGGCAUCCUUCGCCACCCAGUAUCCCACAGUGAAGCUUAUCAACACCAGCACUGGCGAGAUUGUCAGCCCAUCAUACCCCAGAAAGGCCCCGGAGCACAUGUUCGUCCACGGUGUCCUCAACAACGGUGCCCUCGCCAGCGUCAACUAUCGCCGCUCACCUCAUGCCAUUGGCAAGCCUACGCAGUGGGUCAUUAGUGGUACAGAGGGCGAGAUCGAAUUCACCAUUGAAGGACCCAUGCUGCAGAUGGGUAGUCACAAGCGGGAAAUCCGUAUCAAGACGGCCAAGGAUGGGAACGAAGCCAGAGUAGUUGCGUGGGAAACGGAAACAAAGACGCCGGCCCAUGUUGAGGGCGUGGCAUUCCCGGGUCAGAACACGGCUUAUCUGUUUGAAGAUUUUGCUCAGGGCAGGGCUCCCGAUUUUGAAUCCGCGUUGAGGCUGCACAAGCUUUUGGACAGAAUUGUCAAGGAUGCGAACCCCAAAUACGAUUAA